AUAGAGAUUGUUCAAUUGUAAUAGGCGUAUUAAAUAUCUGAUUUACAGAGUUUAAAGAAUAUUUUAGGAUAGUUUCAUGAUAACGGCAUGUGUGUUGAUCCGUUAAAGAAAAUAUGCCAUUGGGGUCCGAUUACUGCUCUUGGAAUUAUAAAAAUCAUCACCCUGAUGACAAUAUACUGUAGUAGACAACGGUGGCCACCACAAGAAAGUUUUUUUGGAACAGUUAAUUUUAUUCUUUUCUUUUGUCUUAGUGGAUCUACUCUUUUUCAUUUUAUCAGUGCUAUUUAUGAAGGACCUGGAUUUCUUCCAUUGAAAUGGAUGCCAGAAAAAGCAACAGAUUCUCAAUAUCUACAAUAUUGUGUUGUAUGCGAAGGAUACAAGGCACCACGAUCCCAUCAUUGUAGAAAGUGUGGACGUUGUGUGUUGAAAAUGGAUCAUCAUUGUCCAUGGAUAAAUAAUUGUGUAGGACAUUAUAAUCAUGGACAUUUUACAGUAUUUUUGGCAAGUGCAGUUGGUGGAUGUUGUGUUUCUACUUUUACACUAAUUUCUUGGGUAAUGACAGUAUUAUCCUUAAAACCAUUAUCAUUUCCACCACCUUCUGUGUUUAUUCUGAUACUAGUUAUCUUCAGUAUUGGUCUAUCAAUUGGUGUUAUUCUUGCAGUUGGAACAUUACUCUAUUUUCAACUACUAGCUAUAAUUAAAAAUAGAACAGAAAUAGAAGCAUGGAUUUCAGAAAAGGCUCAUUAUAGAAGAUUUGGAACCAAAGAUAAGUUUGUUUAUCCAUAUUCAAAAGGAUGGCGUUUUAAUUUGCAACAAGUUUUUACAUGGGAUUGUACACCAGUGGGUGAUGGUAUACAUUGGCCUAUAAUUGAUGACUGUGACCAGUAUACAUUAACACGAGAGCAAUUAGCACAAAAAAGAGAUAAACGAAAAAGAGCUAAGACCUACAGAGUUGUAGAAGAAGCAUCUGGAUCAUGGUUACCACUGAAACAUGGCUGGGGUGUAUUUUGUCAUCCACCUUGUACGGAUGAAUCCCGUAUUAAACUCAAAGUUGGAGAUAUUGUAGUCGUAACGAGAUGGAAGAAAUAUUGGUUGUUUGGGGAAACAAAGAGAAAUGACGAAAAUGAUAAGCAAGUACGAAAUCGAGGAUGGUUUCCACGAUCUUGCGCGAUUGAAGUGAUUGAAAACGAAGUGUAUUCUUCCGCCUUAACCAAAACAGAUUGAAACAUUCCUUCUUCGUGUAUAGUUUUUACAAAUUAUUUAUAAAUUUACUAUUACGACGAACAAUGAUAUUUUUAUCUAGCAUUUUAUAUGUAAGUAUUUACAAUGAACGUACAUUUUUACGUAUUUCAAUGGUCUAAUAUAGAAAUGACCAUUCGAAGCUAGGCCCGAGUCAGGCUUGCACCUAUUCCAUGUCCAUUCCUUUCGCGUAGGUUGUGAUUUGUGAAUGACAUCAAAAACGUCGAGUACAUGCGGUUUUUUGAAAUAUGAUUAUACAUUAAAAACAAUUAUUUUUUAUAUAUCCGGAUAAGUGAGUGUAUAGGAUGACUACUGAGUUUGUACAUGAGGAAUGAUGUAUUUCAAAGUAAAGGUGUAAUCUUUGAAUAAAAGUGAUGUCAUGUAUUAAGAAGUGUAAAACGAGCAAAUCUUGGGACAACGCCUUUAUAAAAGAAUGCAAGACAAUUUAAAACCAUCUAAAUUGACGGUAUAGAAAGGAGAUGGAAAGAAGAGAAAUAGCUUAAAACUUGGAAGAUAAAAGAGCAAAAGUUUUUACAUGAAAAAGCUUUAAUUUAUAUUAUGCCUGCAGAUUUAUUUAUGACAAAGCAUUAAUUGUAAGAUCAACUUAACGUACGAACAUCAAUGUUAAAUCGUAAUGUUUUCUUAUCAUUAAAUUGUGAAACGGUAUUCAUAGUAAAAAAUAACUUAGUUUGCAUUAUAUAACGAAUCAUGUAAGAAGAAGAGGGAUAAAUACAUUGUAAUUUUA